AAGCGACUCCACCAUACGCACACCGUUUGCCGAAGUGUCGAGCUCAUAAACCCUAAUCUCUACGCCCAUUGUUAAACCCUCGCUCACCACCACAACAACUAAAAAGGAACAACCUUUUCUACCGAAAAUUAAAUCUCAGACCAAAUUAGUUUACGGAUUUACGAUUGCUGUAUUGUUAUUCCCAUAUCAUCGUUUUAUCGGUAAAAAAUGCAGCACGAUGAGGUCAUAUGGCAAGUUAUUAGGCACAAGCACUGCAGUUUCAUGGCCAAAAUUGAAACUGGGAUAUUCUGUCGAAACCCGUAUAACGUGACCGGGAUAUGCAACCGGAGCUCCUGCCCUCUCGCUAACAGCCGAUAUGCCACAAUUCGGGACCAUGACGGAGUGUUUUAUUUGUAUAUGAAGACUAUAGAGAGGGCACAUAUGCCUAAUAAAUAAUUGGAAAGAGUAAAGUUGCCGAGAAAGUAUGAAAAGGCCCUUGAGAUUAUUGACAAACACUUGAUUUACUGGCCCAAGUUGCUGAUACACAAAACCAAGCAGAGAUUAACUAAGAUGACACAGAUGCGGAUACGCAUGAGGAAACUAGCUUUAAAGACAAGAGAGAAAAUUAUGACCGUGCCGACAAAAGAAAAGAAAAGAGAAGCUAGGAGAGAGGAAAAGGCUGAGAAGGCUGCUGUUUUAGAGAAAAGUAUUGAAAAGGAGUUGCUUGAACGCCUCAAGAAAGGAGUUUAUGGUGACAUCUACAAUUAUCCUGUUGAUAAGUACAAUGAAAUCCUUGAUAAGGAGGUCGGAAAGGUAGCUGUUAGUGAUGAUGAAGAGGAGGAGGAACCUGAGAUUGAAUAUGUUGAAGGCUAUGAGGAACUUGAAGAGGAGGAGGAUAUGGAAGAUUUUAGUGGUAUUCCGAUUGGAGAGGAUGAUGAUGAUAAUGUUGAAAUGGAUGAUGAUGAUGAUGAAGAGAAUGUAUUUGUUGACCGUAAGAGAGGGAGGAAAGGUUCUGCAAGAAAGCUGGAGAAGGAAGAACCAGCUGCCAAAUCUAAGAAGAAAGUCAAAGUGCAUGUUGAGGUCGAGCACGAAGAUGCGACUGAAAGACAAACAGCGGUGCAUUAGAGCGUUUGUUGUAUCCGAUAUGAAUACUAAUGACCGGCAAACAUACGUUGAGGCAGUUUGCUCGAUGCUUUCUUGUAUUAGCUUUUCGUUAGCUUUUAUAUUCAAGGAGGAGAGUUCUCAAGGAAGAGAUUUGUCACUGCCGAUGGCCCCAAAUGUAGAUUUGAUCGUGGCAAUCAUAGACCAAUUUUGAUUCAGAUUAGCUGUAGUAUCUUCCCUUUGUCCGUGUAAAGCAAGGGUUGAUACUCUAGUCUUCAUUUAUAUUUCUUUUAUACAUUUUUCCCUGAAUUUGGUGCCAAACUAAUUAUUACCAAAGGUAUUGAGAUAUUUUCUUGACUCGGAUGAGGAGCACUUUUAUGGGCAUCGAAGAAUGAUUGUAUUA